AGCGCAAAACGGAUAGUGGACAGGUGGAGGACAAGUUUUGGGAUUUUGUAAAAUUUAAAUCAAAUUUUUGGAAUUCACACACUGAAUACAACCUGCUAUGGCUGCCCAAGCAUCCCGGCGUACUUUCGGACAAUUAUUUCAACAGGGUUGGACUGAGAUCCCUGAAGUUCUUGCCUCCUCGGGUCUGGCGAUCGUAGGGUUGGUGUUGGGAACUUACGCCUGUUACGAUUAUGUGAAAAACGACGGUGAUAACAGAAGGUACAAGAAGAUUUACGUCGUGAUGAGACCCGAUGACCCUAGAGUGGCAAAAAUUCGCAAAGAUUAGAACACUAGAAGUAUGUGAAUAUUUAGGUGCAAUUAUGUAAUAAUAAAUCAGUGUUAUCAUGUG